AUGGCGUUGCCACGACGAUUGGCUGGUGAGGAAAUUCCGUGUAAUCUGAUUGGUCAGCAGGAAAGCCUGGGCGCGCGCGCGGGAGCGAGCCCCGAAGUUGACUAUUUAGAAGGCGAUAUUUGUAGUGGAAGCCAUGGCUUGGGAAAGCCUCAGGGCAAGUCUGCAGGCCUGGUACCCAUUGGACCUCAGCUUGGGUUUGGGCCUGGGGCCGUUGCCUGGGUGGACACUGUUUGGGAAUUGGACUUCACAGAAAUAGAAUCUUUGGAUCCCAACAUAGAAGCAGAAAUCCUAGAGAAUGGAUUGGAUGCAUUUACAAAACUCUAUGAAAGUCUGUUCCCUUUUGCGACUGAGGAACAAGAAUCUACAGAGAACCUUUGGACCUUCUUCUCUGAGAACAAUAUUUCUCAUAGUGUCCUUGUGGCAUUAUUCUAUCACUUUGUUCAACUAGUUCAUAAGAAAAACACCAGUGCACAGUAUCGAGAAUAUGGCCUUCAUGCUGCUCGGCUUUAUUUUCUGCUUCUUGAAGUCCCAGGCAGUAUAGCCAAUCAAGUAUUCCAUCCUGUGAUGUUUGACAAAUGUAUACAAAUUCUAAAGAAGAGCUGGCCUCAGGAGUCCAACAUGAACAGGAAGAGAAAGAAAGAACAGCAUAAGAGCUCCCAGGGUAAUCCACGAGGGAAUAGAAAAAGAGGAAAGCCACCCAGAAAGGAGGAUUAUGAGAUGGAAAUAAGUUUACAAGAAGAAGAAGAUGAAGAGAUUAUUUGUUUUUCUACCCGUGACCUUUCUCGUAUUCGAAAUGCCAUCUUCCAACUAUUGAAGAAUUUUUUAAGACUUCUGCCCAAGUUUUCCCUGAAAGAAAAGCCUCAGUGUGUGCAGAAUUGUGUAGAGGUAUUUGUUGCGUUAACUAAUUUUGAGCCAAUUCCUGAUGAAUUUCAAGUUUCACGAACCAGAAACUUUAGUGAAGCAAAAUACAUACCAGAACUGGCCUAUCAUGCAUUGUAUCUGCUGUGCUCCCCAACCCAUGGUGAUGGAGAUAAGGUUAUCAGUUGUAUUUUCCAUCAAAUGCUGAAUGUAAUAUUAAUGCUGGAAGGCGGAGAAGGAUCUCAUCGCUCUACUCUUACUAUCACUUCACAGGCCAUUAGUAGUAGAAACCAUGCAGUCCAGUUCAUCAGCUUACUUGUGGAUGAAAUGAAAGAACGUAUAUUCCCAGUCCUCCGUAUCUUGCUCCAGCAUAUUUGUGCUAAGGUGGUUGAUAAGUCAGACUACAGGACUUACGCGGCUCAGUCACUAGUCCACUUGCUCAGUAAAAUUCCUUCCGUGGAAUAUGCUACAUUCAUUUCCUGGCUUUACAGAUACUCCCGAAGUUCAAAGAUCCCACACAGGGUUUUUACUCUUGAUGUUGCCUUAGCUCUGUUAGAACUGCCAGAAAGAGAGAUGGAUAACUCUCUCUCCUUGGAACAUCAGAAGUUCUUAACACAUAAGUUCUUAGUACAGGAAAUUAUGUUUGACCGUUGUUUAGACAAAGCACCUACUGUCCGCAGCAAAGCGUUAUCCAGUUUCGCACAUUGUCUGGAGUUGUCUGUUGUGAACACAUCAGAGAGUAUGCUGGAACUUCUCAUUAGCAGCCAGAUAAGUUCAGGAAUAGGGAAUCAUCCUGGUACAUUACUGAGAAAUUCAUCAGGAAGGUGUGUCAUGGCAAUGCUGAGGAAGAGAAUCAGGGACGAAAAGACCAAUGUUAGGAAGUCUGCACUCCAGGUUUUAGUGAGUAUUUUGAAGCACUGUGAAGUAUCAAAUAUGAAAGAAGACCUGUCAAUUCUGCAGGACCAGUGUCGGGACCCUGCAGUAUCUGUGCGGAAGCAGGCCUUGCAAUCUCUUACUGAACUUCUUAUGGCUCAACCUAGAUGCGUCCAGAUACAGAAGGCCUGGCUGACAGGAAUCAUCCCUGUUGUGAUGGACUGUGAGAGCACGGUGCAGGAGAAGGCCCUCGAGUGCCUGGACCAGCUCCUGCUGCAGAACAUUAAGCAUUACAAUAAAUUUCACAGUGGAGAUGACAGCCAGGUGCUCGCUUGGGCUCUUCUUCUUCUCCUCACCACAGAAAGCCAGGAGCUGAGCCGUUAUUUAAACAAGGCUUUUCAUAUAUGGUCCAAGAAAGAGAAAUUCUCAUCUACUUUUAUCAACAAUUUGAUCUCUCACACUGGCACGGAACACUCUGCACCUGCCUGGAUGCUGCUUUCCAAGAUUGCUUGCUCAUCACCCAAGCUGGACUACACAAAAAUAAUUGAGUCCUGGGAGAAAAUCAGCAGUCAGCAGAAUCCCAAUUCAAACACCCUUGGACAUAUCCUGUGUGUCAUUGGGCAUAUUGCAAACCACCUUCCUCAGAGCACCCGGGAUAAAGUGACUGAUGUUAUCAAAUGCAAGCUUAAUGGAUUUCAGUGGUCUCUAGAGGUGAUCAGUUCAGCAGUUGAUACUUUGCAAGGACUCUGUAGAGCAUCUGCAGAGACAUCUGUAGAGGAGCAGGAGUUACUGAAGCAGGUGUGUGUGGAUGUGCUUGCUGCCUGUGAGCACUGCCUCUCCAACAUAGUCCUCAAGGAAGGCGGGGCCGGGAAUGUGGAUGAAGACCUGCUGGUGAGAUGCAUUUUUACCUUAGGAGAUAUAGCCCAGUUGUGUCCAGCUAAGGUAGAGAAGCGAGUCUUCCUUCUGAUUCAGUCCAUUCUGGCUGCUUCUGCUGACGCGGACCACUUAGCAGCAUCUCAAGGCGACAGUGACACCCCUGCCUCGGAGCCACUAUCCCAGUUCAGAGGCUGUGCCAUGCCUUCUGUGAUUAGAGCACAUGCCGUCAUUACCUUAGGAAAGUUGUGCUUGCAGCAUGAAGACCUAGCCAAACGGAGCAUCCCAGCCCUUGUACGCGAGUUGGAUGUGUGCAGUGAUGUGGCUGUGCGCAACAACGUCAUCAUCGUUAUGUGUGAUCUCUGCAUCCGCUACACUGUCAUGGUGGACAGAUACAUCCCCAAUAUUUCUAUGUGUCUCAAGGACUCGGAUCCAUUCAUCCGGAAGCAGACCCUCAUCUUGCUUACCAAUCUCCUGCAGGAGGAAUUCGUGAAGUGGAAGGGCUCACUCUUCUUCCGAUUUGUCAGCACUCUUAUCGAUUCACAUUCAGAUAUUGCCAGUUUUGGGGAAUUUUGCCUGGUUCAUCUGUUACUGAAGAGGAAUCCCGUCAUGUUCUUCCAACACUUCAUUGAAUGCAUUUUCCAUUUCAAUAACUAUGAGAAGCAUGAAAAGUAUAACAAGUUUCCCCAGUCAGAAAGAGAAAAGCGGCUCUUUUCACUGAAGGGAAAGACAAACAAAGAGAAGCGAAUGAAAAUCUACAAGUUUCUCCUUGAGCAUUUUACAGACGAACAGCGAUUCAAUAUCACUUCUAAAAUCUCCCUUAGUAUUUUAGCGUACUUCGUGGAUGGCAUCCUCCCCCUGGAUAUGGAGGCCAAUGAGUUACUCUCAGAUACAUUUGAAAUUCUCAGCUCAAAGGAGAUCAAACUUUUGGCAAUGAGAUCUAAGCCUGAUAAAGACCUGAUAGAAGAUGAUGACAUGGCUUUGGCUAGUGUAGUCAUGCAAGAAGCACAGAAAAAGCUCAUCUCACAAGUUCAAAAGAGGAAUUUCAUAGAAAAUAUUAUUCCAAUUAUCAUCUCCCUGAAGACAAUGCUGGAGAAAAGUAAGAUCCCAGCUUUGCGUGAGCUUAUGGCCUAUCUGAGGGAGGUAAUGCAGGAUUACCGAGAUGAAAUUAAGGACUUCUUUGCAGUUGACAAACAGCUGGCAUCAGAACUUGAAUAUGACAUGAAAAAGUACAAUGAGCAGCUCACUCAGGAGCAGGGGCUGACGAAGCAGCUGGAAGUGAACAGGACAGCUGAGGCGGCCAGCCUGGCAGCAGUAGGGCAGGUUGUUCCAAACUCUGAAAUAAUGCCAGUUUCUGCUGGCCAAGAAAACGCGGCUGUGGCCCCUGGAGGGAGUUGUCCUUCAAUCCCUGUUAGCAGUGUGUCUCCUGUGCUCCCUCCAUCUGACACUGAGCCACGGACAUUGUUAAUGCCGAAAACCAGGCCCAUGUCCCUCAGCACCAUUGCCAUCCUGAACUCGGUCAAGAAGGCUGUGGAGUCAACUAAUAGACAUCGGAGUCGGAGCUUAGGAAUGCUGCCUUUCAUUCUCAACUCUAAAGAUGCAGACAAAAGCAGCAGCCAAGGCAUUGCACACAGCUUGCACCAAGAGUCCCGUGGAUCCCUGGACCAUCCAAGUAAACGCGCGAUCAGCACCCCUGAUAGGACCAUCAAUGACAUCACCUUUGGCGCAGGGGUCAGCUACAUCAGCAUACCAUGGACUCCCUCCUCACACAAAGAGAAAAGUGAAGACCAGAGUCAAGAAACUGACAUACUAUGUUUAUCAUUGCCUGACAAGCCGUCUCCCCAGCUUCAGCAAUGGAAUGUGAAGUCUCCAGCCAGGAAUAAAGACAAUCCAGCCCCCAGUAGGAGAUCCCUCCGAAAGCCCCCCCUCCAAACAGCUAACUAA